AUGUCGCGACGUGAGUCCCAUUUCUACGAAUUACAAGCGAUUGAAUUUGCUUGUGCGGGGCGCGAGUCUUGCGUAGUAACAACUAAACAAGCAAUAAGUAACGAAGAAAUUCAAAGUUCUGCAGAUGAAUUUAUAUCAAGUGUACGAGAUCUUUUAGCAAAGAAUCCACUGCAACUGAAAGAGAAUCGUCAACAUCAUACUGGAAAAGUGUCUAUUGAGUAUAAGCAAGAUUCGACAAAACGUGCUCAAAGUAAAUAUCGCCGGCGAGAAACAUUGAUUAAAAAGAUACAAGAAUUUUCUGAAAUUACCAGCAUUGAAGCUACAGUGGUUUUUCGAGAUUCGGAGAAAUUAUAUGUCGAUGGUCCUGAUGAUGACAUGAAUGCUAGUGUUGAAAAUUUUUUAAAACGUUCAGAAAAGAAAUCAUCCUCUGUUCAAUAUGAAAUAAGCGAUUUGCGUUUAACAAAUCAAUGUUUACUGUGCGGCGAGGAGAAGAAGAACAAAGAUGUCUUAUGUUGCGCAUUGCCAAAAUGUGCAAAAGUUGUACAUACAACUUGCUUAGGUAUAGUUGAUGUAAAAGCAAAAGCAUUGGAUUGCAUAACUUGGAAGUGUCCCUCUCAUACUUAG